AUGUCGGCAUAUGAUGACCUAAAAGAUGCUCUCAAGCAGAAUCUGCGAGCUCGAGGUGUUACUGCUAAAUUAGAAGCGGCCAUGCGAGCAGAGCUGUUCAAGGCAUUAGAUGAGGAAGAAUUCUCUCCGAUUGCAGUGCCAAAAGAAACGGCCGUGAUGAACGAGCUUGUUCGAGAAUAUCUGCAGUAUAAUGGUUAUGGACAUUCUCUAUCGGUGUUUACUACUGAAUCCAGACUAUCUAAAGACAUCCCAACUAGAGAGCACAUUUCUCAAGAAUUGAGCAUUCAUCCAAGACUAUAUCCAGAAAACAUACCUUUGCUUUAUGGGCUAGCAUACAAACACAAGUCUCUUGUAAACCCAGAUCGCGUUGUGGCGGAACAGCAGCCUUAUAGACAGUCAAGGUUCUGGACAGAAACCAACAGCCAUGAUCAAAUCUCAAUAGAUUCUGCUAAAAAAAUAUCUGCGGGACUGGCUUCAAAAAUCACCUAA